AGACAUUUGUCGCCUUCGUUACCUGCCGCCGCCUAUUUUUGUUAUUUUCAGACCGAUUGCACAUUUUGAUCUGCGCUGCCGCAUCACAGCGGCGAGCUUUUUAACGUCGGCCCCUUAUCUCCGGCGCGGGGGGCUGGAAUGAGAGGCAUGCGGGCUUCGGGCCUACCUGUUUACUCUGAGGGCUUCCUCCAUUGUCCCCUCCCAGACCCCCCCACCUCCUCCGCGCUUCCUUUGAGGGAUUUUUCCCAUUUUUCCUUUGCGCUGGUUGUUGUUUUUCGGGAACACGUCACUGCCUUGGAACACGGGAGCCUCCUGCGGCGUUCCCGAGUCGCUGCCAUGCUCGGGCGGCUCAGCAGGGAAUUCUUUCCUACGGCACAUAUCGUCCAUUUCACGCACGCCUCGGUUAUUUUCACACCCGUAAACUACACAGGAUGACAAGCGUGUCAUCCCUUCAUCCUCUGAUUCCGAGCUGAAACCUGAUCACUUCUGCAUAUUCCGUUGAUUCCUCAGCGUCAGCCCCAGGUUUACUCAGGAAUGAAGUCAUCCCUCGUCGACUAAUCCCGUUGCCUACAGAAAUAGACUCAACUCACUCGAGUUUGGUGACUGUUGUGAUGGUUAAGCAUGUAAGACCGGCUAAUGUUGCACCUAACCUACCGGACUCCACUUCUCCGCUGAACCUAAUGGCAUUCAUUGAACGAGCACUAUUUUGUCGCACGGAUCAUUUUGUAUGAAGAAUAAAAGCCCUUUUUGUCUUAUUUUAAACUAGCAUGUGCUCAUAUCCCACAGGGUCAAAGAUGAAGAUAAUCCCAGAAUGCUUUUUAAUCAUUAUCAAGAGGUAAUAAGGCGACCGUUCCCUCCUUUCAUUGAAAACAAGUGCUCUUCUGCGGGUGGAGAGCUCCUUAAUCCUUAUUAUCUAAAGAGGCCCUCAAUGAGAUUACAACCGCACACCGGUUUACCAUCUGCUGCCGCUGGAGGAGAAAACUCAGGUUUCUGCAGGUACGACGAAUUAGGGGGAUUUAUUUUGUUUAAGAAAAGAAACCCGCUGACCCCUGAUUGUAGGGGAAAGGUAUUGUUAACUUUCCGGUCCUUUCCCACCUCUUCGCCCUGACAGCUCUGAGUUCAUCUGCGCGACGCACCUUUUACCAGGAGGAUCUCCAAGCGAUGCACUCGCAGCGGAGAUUAACGUCGUGCAAAGAUUAAGCAAAUUAACCACGAAGGUGUCUCCAGAAAUAACCUGUUGCUGUGCACUUUGUUCAACAGCCAUCAUCAUGUAGGCAACGGAAUAACAUUUGGUGAAUCCUUUUAAAACGUUCUGGAAUUUAGACAAUCGGCGACGAUGAACGAGUCGGCGUUUCGGAGGGCCCUCCCUGAGCAGUCAUUCGGGAGUGGGCGCACCUCUGGCACCCCCCGCCACCCGAGCCUCAUCCACCCGAUCUUAUCGAAGAGGGUCUGCUUCUACAAGAGCGGAGACCCCCAGUUCAAUGGCCUGCGCAUGGUCAUCAACAGCCGCACCUUUAAAACGUUUGACGCGCUGCUGGACAGCCUCUCUAGAAAGGUCCCCCUGCCGUUCGGGGUGAGGAACAUCACCACGCCGAGGGGGGUUCACGCCGUCCGCACCCUGGACGAGCUGGAGGACGGAAAAUCCUACAUCUGCUCCGACACUCGCAAGGUGAAACCGAUCGACCUGGCUCUGGCCAGGAAGAAGCCGGCGCCGUGGUACCACGCCAGGCCCGUCAGCCCCCGUCGUCGGAGCGCGCAGCAGGCCCGGUUUUUCCCCGGCGGAAACAACCACCGGCAGGAGUCGGUGUCGUUUGCGCGCACGCCGAAGAUUCUGUCGGUUUUCCGCAACGGGGACGCCGGCGUGAAACACUCGGUGGUGCUUCACAAGAGGACCACUCCCACUUUUGAAUCCAUCCUGGAAUGUAUUUCAGAGCUGAUGCAGUUCCAGGUGGUGAAGUUGCACGCAGCCGAUGGCCGACGCGUGGACGGCUUUCCAGGCUUGAUUUUGUGUUCUGGGACAGUAGUGGCUGCGGGCCGGGAGCCGUUCAGGCCCGCAAAUUACAAUGCACAGAUUUCACCAGCUCAAAGCACGUCGCCUACCAAACAAAUAGGUCCCAGAAGACCGAGGGCUUUGAAACGUAAAAAAAAGUCAAAACCAUACACUCCAAAGUCGAGACAUUUCUCCCUGUCGUCGGAGAGGUACAUCGUCGACCGCAUUCACAACUCCAUCACAGGAGGUCCGUGCGACCGACCUGGUCACUCUGUCGAGUUGGAGUCGGGCCACAUGCUGGAGUCCGUCGCGGAGACGCCGGACACCGGCCUCUGCGUCGCAGCCGGGGAGCGGGACGGCCGUCAACUGCCCUCGGACGACGACAUCGAGAAGUCCUUUCGAGUGAACCAAGACGGCAGCAUGACGGUGGAGAUGAGGGUGCGGCUGACGAUUAAGGAAGAGGAAACCAUUCAUUGGACGACCACUCUGGCGCGUUCCAGUGUGGCCAGUCAGCUCAAUGCGACCUGUUCACCAGAGACCGGGCCGGAGCAGCAGAUCAACUCACUGAAAUCAAACUCACUGGAUUCAGAAAGUCCCGCCUCCUCCAUCAACAAGGACAAAACUCGGGAUAACAACGACGAGGAUCCACCUUCGCUGGGCAACGGCGUUUUGAGUGAGAGCAAUAAUGAAGAGGAUCCAAGGAGCCCCCCCACACCAGGGCACAGGCACAUUAGAAUAGAGCAAGCCUCCGUGGAGGGCGUCCAAUCAGGGGCGGUAGAGGGGAUUCGGGAAGGCGUGGUCGGCUCGUACUCGUACCGAGAGCAGGCGCAAAGCGGGGCCGUGACGGAGCAGUACUGCGUGGUCAAACAGAGGAGCAGCAGGCCGGUGCCCAAACCGAGAAGACAGAGCUCUGUGGAUGCCAACAACGUAAAUGGUAGAAACGUACCCACUUUCAAGUCAGCGGGGAUGUCUGAGAUCCAACGGAUUGAAUCCAGUGGAGGGGAGGUCACUGAAACCGUCUUACACGUGUAUGAACAGCAGACAUGCCAGGAUAAUUUCUUCGCAAACCUUUGUUCACAGGAUAUGUCUGCUUUCGGGAUACCUUUUUGCAGGCCUGCUACUUCAGAAACCGGCCAGCUCUCCUCCAACGAGGAGUUUGAGCCUCCGCCCUGGAGGCCGUCGACAGCUUCCGAGUCAAUCAGCAUCUGGAGGGCCGAGAGCACGUCAGUAACAUCUGCCUUGAACUUGCCUUCACGGGGGCCGGGCGCGAUUCAAGCAGUAGACGCUCAGCAACGAUUGCCGAAGCCCACCGUUGGCCAACCGGGACCCCAACAAAAAGAGGGCAACAAAGAUAGGCGAGUGUCAUCGAAACCCAAAGUGAUCAACAAACGCGUUCGCCGGCUUAAGUUGCCGGGGAAAAAGCGAAAGGAAAAUUCCGCAGGAGUACCUGAGAAAAAUGGGAAAGUGAAAACUUUCACCAGCGCUGGGUUCAUUAAGAAGAUUUAUGGGAAUAAAUCAAAAUCAGUAAAAAGCACAAUGAAGCUAAAAAAGGGCCCAGACAGGGUUACAACGGGGAGCUCUCAACAGCUGGAUGACACGGUAAAAUGUGUUCUCAAAGACUUAAACGUACCAUUGGCAUCGAAAGAAACUACAAGCGAGACCGUUUCUUCGGAAAAAGGCCGACUGAAUGUUGCUCCCAUUGAAGUAAGCCAACACGGGGGGAUGCUGGAACGGCAGACGUCAAUGCAUCAGGAGAAAAAGAAAGAAAACGAGUGCUGUGAUGUCAGCGAAAGCAUGUCCUUGCCUGCGUUUAACUCCUCCAGCGCUGUCACUAAAGAGUAUGUGGAAAGCUGGCUGGAGAAAGCCUGUCUCAACCCCUCAGCCUACUCCGAUGAGGCAAGUAAAAAAAAAGCAGCACUUACUUUUGUACAAACGGAAAACGCCAGGUGUGUGGAGUCUGAAAAGAAGAAAGGUUUGACGUUUGUGGCAGACGACGAAAAGGGUUUGGAGGACACGUCAGGGGAACCAAAUGGCCCGCUGCCUCAAGAUGAGCUGGAAGCUUCCGUCAAACAAAGAAUCCGGUCCUUUGAAAGCAAACCAUCAGGUCAAUCAACGAAGAAAGCCGCAGUCAAACAGCAAAUUGUGUACAGUCAUGAAACGACUACAAACACAGAAAACUAUCUGACUUUAGCUCGCAAUAACACAGACCAAACUAAACCUCUUGUCUGUUGUGAAAUAGUUCCGCCAAUUAAUGACACAUCUACAGAAAUUCCACCGGGCAUCAGAGUGGACGACAAAUCAAGUACAAUCCAAAUCUCAUUUAAAAAAGAAGCACCUUCAAAGGAGCUACCAACACCUGUUGGAAAUACAGAUCUACCAGAAUAUUCCAUGACGGGUGGAUCCUCAGAGGCCGGCGGCCUGAUGCCGAGGCUCGGCAGUCAAACGCCACGCAAACACCCGUUAUCCGUCAGCCGUACCUCUGAUAGGGCCGAGUCACCUGCCGACCGCGCAAUGGAAACGACAGCGACCGUCCACCCCGACACCUGUGCGCACAGCGCGGCGCCAUUACCGAGGACUCCAUCCAUUAAAAGGGCCCCUUUGGUCAGUAACAAAUCUCUAGACAGGAAAAUGUCUCUCAGAAAGGCUUGUCUGGAGAAAUAUACGUUAUGUAGCGAUGCCACCUCAGAGACAAGCGCCUCGUCUACUCCCAUCAACCCAGUUGGCGAUAAUGUGGUGCCAAACGGCGUCUGUUCAACAGGGACGCAGCGACCCAGUGAAGGCCGAGCGGAAGAGACGCAGCGAUCAAACAGCAUCUCAGAUGUGAGAAGCAGUCCGUCGUGUGGUACUUCUGCAUCCCCGGCUAGUUCAACAUCUGAAGAGAGGAUGUCAUCAUCCGGUAUUUCAUCGAGUUUGGCUCCGACACCGAGUGAUCUUUCACUUAAAGACACAAAAACAGAUAAAACACAUUCAUUUCCUCAAAAAAAAGAAGCAAUGUCACCCCAACCCCUGGUGAAAAGCGUCAAACAUAGCAGUCCAUCUCCAGGGAGAAAAUCACCUUCUGAACCUCAAAACUCUCCAGAAUUAUCAUCAUUCCAUAACCACCCUCCAGAUGCUGGAUUACACCAAACAUCAAAUGCUGGCUCUUCCACUGAGAGAAAGCUCAAUCGACCAAAAUCACAUAGGAGGCGAUCUCCAUACUCUCAGUCUCUUGACAUGGCGUCAUCUCCCGUCAAACACAAGGCAGCUGGAAGGAGGCGUCACAAAACACCACGCGCCACAAACUCUGCAGCCGAGCAACAAACGGCAACUGGCAGCGCUCUCGCUUCGCUGGAUGUCGACCGGUGUGAUGAGAGCAAGACGGCCGACGACCCGGAGGAACCGGUUGCGCAAAUCGUCCCACGGCAGUUAAACACUGUAAAUCAGGCAAAUAUGAAACCUGUGCUUGAGACGAUUUGCUACUCGAUAAAGUCGAUUAGACGAAUCACACAAAACAAACGUCCGUCGUGUCUGGAAAAGUCCAACAGCCUGCCCGACUUCUCGUCUCACGUGGCCUCCACCUUCGGCUCGUCGUCUCAAGCUCUCCUCGCUUUCUUGUCCGUCAUGACCCUAAAGGAAGGGCUAGACGACAUGAAUAUGGACAAGCUGGACGCGAACAACGUGAGCUGCGCCGAAGCCUUAAAAAUGAUCGAUUCUCUCAGAAAAAUCGCCAGUAUUGACGAUUCCCAAGAGUUGAAAGCCAGCUUGUCCAGCUUGCAGCGGUCUGCUUCAAAACAGCUCCUUCAAAGUUGGAAGGGCUUUCAGGAUCUGAGCGACAAACACAAGAGCCCAACACCAAAUGAUUCUGAGCCAGAAGCCGCGAUCGAGGCCGUUUCCGGCUGUCGCGUUGAAGAAACCGUCGUCGGUGAGAUCGUGGACAGUCUUGACAUACCUGAGAGGCUCAAGGAAGAGUUGAACUGUCUUUCAAAAGUCAAAAUUAACAGUGACGAUGAAGAACCGACAGAAAGAGCGAAAACAAAAAACAACAGUAACGCCGAAAUAUCCAAAUUCUCCACAGACUACGGUGUUAGUGUCGGGGAUGUCGCUAAAGAUGACAAAGAUGAUGUUGAUGUGAGCUCAAUUAUUAAGAAAUUCACAGACGUUAACCAGCCGAAACAAUCCAACGCAGGUGGCAGAACUAAGGACAGUAGAGACAAAGACAGCUUGGGGAAUGGUUCGGACAAAUGUCCACCCGCUCACCCGACCAAUAAACACACACCUGAAGGAAAGCAGCUCUGCAGCUCAGCGUUGUUUGCAGAAGACAACGAGCACAACGGGGUGAAAUCCAACCAAGACCAGGCUCAAGCGAAUGGAGUAGUCAGCGGCUAUACAAUCCUCGCACAGGACACCGGUGCCUCCGACGCAGAGGAGCACGACGGCGAUCGGCUUCAGGUGCACGGUGAGGCGAGCGCCUCUGGGAGCGAGCUCCGCCGCUGUGAAGAGGAGGAAGGGCGGCGCAUUCCAAGGGCCGCGAAAGAUUUAGAGCGGGAGGCGCUUUGUCAGCAAAGCGUAUCCGUUUCAGAAGCAGGUGAGCAACAUAGUUCGGAGGACGAGGGAGAAGUUGAAUGGGGAAGCGACGAGGACAAGCAAGCAACAUCUGAUUAUGAUGCCGAACUGGAUGUGAGGAGGAAGGACGGAACAUCCAGCCGCGAGAGUCACCACAAGCCUUUGUCGGAGGAGGAGCUGCCAGAGGUUGCAUGUCAAUCGGCCUGCACGGGGUCCAACUCCAGUGUCGACGAAAGCACGUGUGACCCAGAUGUUGACGAUCCAUCUUCAGAGGAAGAGCAGCCAGAGGUUGAAGGUAUGAGACUAAAGGUCAUCUUUGAGGAAAGUGUUUUGGGCAGUGAGGAAGAGGAGGAAGAACACCUUGAUUAUCUUCCAGAUCACAUGCAGCCAACAAGAAAAUACAGAGAGUCAAAGGCUUUGAUGGAAGAGACGGAGGAGGACAGUGUCAGCUCACAUGAAGAAGGCCGCGAUGCCGAUGAAACACACGUUUGCGAUACAGUAGAAGGGGAUCCAAGCCAUUUUAUACUAAAUCAGGAUUCAUAUAUCCUAAAAGACAAAAGCAGUUGUAUAAAGUCUGACAUUUUAACACAGAUGUAUGGACUCAAUGAAGAUGAAGACAGUGGGAAUGACCACAGCAGCUGUGAGCAACACGCAGAGACGGAGCAACCAAAGGAUGAAGGCAAACCACCCAACACCUCAAGCUAUGAGGACAAAGAGUCCUGCUCAUCAGAGGAGGAAGGUGUCCACAUUGACAGAUAUACAGAAGACAGCUGUACAGAAUAUCAAGGAGCUCCUCCACACGCAAAGGACACCACGCGUGAAAAGGCUGUAGAAAUACCGCAGCAUCAAACGGAGGGAAUAAUAUCCCAAUCUGUCGCGGCGAGGGUGAUUCUUCUGGAAAAGCAAGUUGCCGUUGCCCAGAAGACAACAGAAAGUUCUGCCACCCGACGUUCCUCCCAGAGAAAGGCUCCACUCGGGCGGGACGAAGAGGACUCGCCCUCCGAAUCGCCCGCGUCUCGGCCGGCUGCCGGCGCCCAAUCGCCGCCUCAAUCGUCACUAUCGUUCAGCUACGACUCCAGCGGCGUCGUAACGUCGGAGCCCGAGGGCCACCGGGUCAGGUCCAUUCGGGAAAUGUUCCUGGCAAAGGCUGCCACAGAUGUCCAACACAGAUGUCUCCCGAGCUCGAAAACAUCAGAGGCCAGAGCGGAGACGUCAGCCAGCGGCGGGUACCAGACUCAGACUUCGAGCGAGCCGUCCAGCAGCGAAGACGAUUCGGCGCGGAGAUCCAUCACGAAAGGCUUCGUGAGAAGAACAAUCGAAAGGCUUUACGGCAAGAAAGACGCCAGACCUGACCAGGAGGCGGGUGGGAGGCCGCCAUCCGCGCCAAAACAGCAAAAGCAGGAACACUUGAGCGCUUUCUCUCCCUUCCACGUAUCCCGGUCCAAAGCGAUGUCUGAGUUUUCUUACUUCAACUCCACUCAUGCAGUGGAGCCCUUGAGUGACGCGACACGCUGCGUCGCUUUUAACGCCGAGUUAAGGCCUGAAGACAAUGAACAAUGGUUCCUGAGGGAAAAGGCCCUGAUCAGAAAGUCCGCGUCAGAGCCGGUCGCAAUAAACAAAGGUUUCACAAACUCUCAAGGAGGGGAAAUGUGUGAGGACGCCGAGGAGGACCCCCCUUACUCCCUGUUCAGCACAAAGUCCGAACUGGAGGACAAUCAGUCGUCACUGUCAAGGAAGUGCACCUACUUCUCUUUGCCCCACACGAGCGACUCGGACGCACAUCUGGAGGAGUCGAGCGCCGUCAGCAGAACCGGCGGCAAUGGCCAAAGCGCCGCGGACACGAAGGAGGACUCGCAGGACGCCGGGACGCGGGCCGAGAGGGGCGGCGCGCUGCCCGCCGUCGCCGACUUUAAGAGGAAGGACAACAAAGUGCACCCGGCGACGGAGCCUCCGCCCGACGGCGAGGUGGUGCUCGUGCAGCCGGGGAAGCGGCAAGGCGUUAUGAGCAGAAGGGUCGAGGAGCCCGACGUGUUGGACAUACUUUACAAUUUCUGCGGUCAGAAUUGUCCCAUCCUGUAAGGACACCAGCAGUCUAAACAAGUGAACAUAGUUGAGCUAGAGCAGAUUAUAUUGUUUUGGUGCCUACUUAUUGAUGUUGCCAUCGCCUCGGCAUGACACACAAACACACGUCAACUCAUUUAAACCAACUGUCGAUUGUGUCACAAGCAAACAGAUUGAUCUUCAUCGGACCUUCAUACUUUACCGUGUUUGACGAGAGCUCAAUGUUUAUCGUAAAGCUAGUGACUGUGUUUUCGUGACAUCUUGACUGUGUAUUUGCCACGUGCACGCCAGAGCAGCUCUUUUCCUCCUGGAUUGCCUGUCCACAGAUCAAGCAGCCAGAGCAUUACUGUAAUCUCGUUUUAAAGCCCUUGAAACCAAAUCCAAGUCCGUGCAGCUGUAAGGCCACGAGGCCAAUCCGCACUGCGGGGGAGCAGAGCCCGUUCGUGGUCGCAGCUCAGGUCCGGGAGGAAGUUCCGGUCGAAAUCGUGCUUUAAAAAGAAAAAAAAUUGAAAAAUUGAAUAUGACACAAGUUGACGGAGAGUUGUAAACAUUUUCAGUAAACACUUGAUUUAAUGUUUUUUGUAUCUUGGUUGUCUAAAGUGUAAAUAAGAUAUUAUUCUAAGUAGCUUAAUAUGUAUGUACAAUAACCUGACCUUUAUGAUCAGGAUAGCCGGUUUUAUGGUUUCAAUGUGGCAGCUGUGACAUUUCCGUCUCUUCAAAUUGAUGUGUAACAAUUAAAAGUGUGUAUUUACAAAU